AUGAAACUAGGUCAUAGAUAUGAAAGUGUAAUAAAUAAGUUCCUUACCGUCGUCUUAGGCGAAAAAUUACAAGAAAUUCGUGAAAAAAACCAUACUUCAUCUGUAAAACGAGUAAAACAAAAGGUGUUGGAAGAAUUUGAAUUGCAAAAACAAAUUUCUGCAAAAUCAACGCCUACACGUGGAGAACAACCCGAACGAGUAAAUUCUCCGCGUAUAAAUCCGUCUGAAAUCGAAUACUUAAAAAUGGAAGAUGAAUUAGCAUUGUGUAAUUAUUAUCAAACACAAAUCGGUCCUUUGGCAAAUCAAUUUCCCGAGGAAAUUCGAAAGAAUAAAUUCACAGAUAAAGUGAAGGUAAUUACAGUCUUAGAUGCAAUAACAUAUGUAAAGAGAUUUUAUUUGCGUAAUACCAUCAUGGAUUAUCAUCCUAGGGAUAUAAUUAUAACGUGUCUUUUCCUCGCUGCAAAAACCGAAUUUUCAUUUGUAGCCAUUGAGGAUUUUAUUAAAUUAUUUAAAAGAUUGACCAAGGAGGUUAUUUUUGAUUUAGAAUUAACAGUUGCGCGAAGUUUAAGGUACGAAUUUGCUGUCCAUCAUCCGUAUCUUGGGGCUUACGGUUUAUUUCUGGAUAUGCAGACGGUUUUAAAAGAUGCGAAAAAAAUACAAGUAGUAUACGAAAAAUCUAAAGAAUUAAUUCAUAGAUCUCUUUUCACUGACACAAUGUUUCUUUAUCAACCAUCACAAAUUGCAUUGGCGACAGCACGUAUGGCUGCCAAAGAAAUAAAUCUUGAUUUGAAUAGUUAUUUGCGUGCAAAAUUUAAUUCAGAACCAGAUAAUCUAGAUAAUUUAUAUAAGACACUUGAUGAAAUUGAAAGGACAAUAAAAGAAUAUGAACCCACACUUGUUAAUAAAGCGAAAGAAAUUGAUGCUAGAUUGCAUAAAUGUAAAAAUCCCGAAAAAAAUCCUAACAGUGCGAUCGCUACUUCAUCUUAUUACAUACUCGGAAUGUCUUCAGUUAAAAGAUCGCCUACAACAAGUGUAGGCUGCUACUCCGUAGGUGCUGAAAUUGGUCGGGGAUCCUUUGCAACCGUUUAUAAGGGUUAUCUUAAGAAUACACGUGAACCUAUCGCUAUAAAGUCUGUAUUGCGAUCUAAAUUGACCAAAAAAUUACUUGAAAAUUUGGAAUCCGAAAUACAAAUUCUUAAAGGAAUUCGUCAUGAUCAUAUUGUCCAAUUAGUCGACUGCAAGAAAACCGAUACUCAUAUUUACUUAAUUAUGGAAUUUUGUUCUAUGGGUGAUCUGUCAAAUUAUAUAAAACAACGUCGUAAUUUAAAUAGCAACAACGCAGUCGAUCCAAGUGUAAAACCUACCACGAGUGGCCUGAACGAAUAUGUUGUUCGUCAUUUCCUAAAACAACUAGCAAAUGCACUGGAGUUUUUAAGAUCACAAAACCUAAUACAUCGUGAUAUCAAACCUCAGCCAAAGGAUUCCAUUGUCGGUUCAGCUAAACUUCCAACUUUAAAAAUUGCCGACUUUGGCUUUGCUCGUAUAUUACCAUCUACAAGUAUGGCCGAGACAUUGUGUGGUUCUCCACUUUAUAUGGCUCCUGAGAUUUUACGUUAUGAAAAAUAUGAUGCUAAAGCUGAUCUUUGGAGUGUUGGUGCUGUUUUAUAUGAAAUGAGUGUUGGUAAACCUCCAUUUAGGGCUCAGAAUCACGUUGAGUUAUUAAGAAAAAUUGAAAUUAAAGGUGAUAGAAUUAAAUUUCCUAAUGACCCAGCUAUUUUAACAGGAAAUUUUCAAUUGGAUUCAACAAAGACAUCAACCAAUAAAAUAUCUUCAAACAAUGGUGGAACGUAUCCAGUUAUUAGUGAAGAUAUCAAAGAUUUAAUAAGACAUUUGUUGAAACGUAAUCCUGUCGAACGUAUUUCAUUUGAGGAAUUCUUUAUGCAUGUUUGUGUUGUAGGGAAAUUAGAACCCAUGCAACCAAAGUCAUCUGCUAGAACAAUGCAUUCAAAAGAAAGAUCCAGUCAUGAUAUGAAAGGUGUUACUAUAGCAGCAACGGCAAACGAUGAAUUCAAGAAUAAUCAAAUUAGAGAUAGGUCAAGAUCAUCUCCGGUUCCUGUAAUGUACAAAGAAAAUUCUAAUAUUAAUCAAUUGGAAAGUCCACAACUCCACACUAGACCUAAUUCAUCCCGUAAAGACUGUGAAAUAUCACAGAAAGGCAACAUAAAUUUGGAUUGUAUUAAUCCUUUACAAAGAAAAAAUUCUAGAAACACCAAAUAUCCAGAUUCAACUAAAGAAACAACACGAAAUAAUGAAAACCAUCAAGUUAAUUUAGAUUUACACCCGUCAUAUGAUAAUCCAUCACCAUCAUCAUCUUUAUUAGUGCAAAAACCUUUGAAUUUGGAAGCAGCAAAUCAGAAACGAAGUAAUGAAAAUGAAACAUCAAAUAAUCGAUCAAAUGGAGAGGAAUUAACCGGUUAUGAAUUUGAAAGAGAAUACGUUCUUGUUGGAUCGAAACGGACUGUAGAAGUUAAUAAAUUAGCAGAUGAACUUGCCGCAUCGCCAAAACAUCAAUAUGGAAAUAAAGGUACUGCUAUUGUACUAGCUGGUACUUCCAACCAAUUAGAUCUCCAAUAUCGUACUCCACCACCCAGUGUAAACUCUUCAGGAUCUUACCUUCUUUCGACAACGCCACCUUUCGCUUUACCCAUUACUAUAAAUCAUGAGAGAGCUAACUCCGUUGGUAGCAACAAUAGCGCGUCAUCAGCUCUCGCAAGGGCUCUAUCUGCCGCGUCAGAUCGUUUGUUUGGAACAGGCAAUUCUCCUCCGUCUUGGAGUGACAAAUAUUCAAAACAAAAAGGGAACGCUAUUGUAAUUCCUUCCUCGGAUUUUAUAAAUGAUCCUGCAGAGGAUACAGUAGUUAAAACAAUUGAAGAACAUGCACAUAAAGCGUAUGUCGUUUUCCAGUUCGCUAAAACGAAAUUUAAUAAGCUCUUACCACCACCUCCAUCAGCCAGUUGCGACAUGGUGGAUGAUACGCCUAUCUCAGAAAAAGCAGCCGCAGUAUUCGCGGAGGAAGCGUUUGUUUUAUACUUAAGGGCACUUGCUUUUUUGCAGGCGGCCAUGGAUAAUGCUAAAGAAUAUUGGACAAAUGUUGGAGAAAGGAAUGUAAAUUAUCCUGGUGGAAAACGAGCUUCUCCAAGAUUAAUUGCUGUUGUACAGUGGGUUCGUGCAAGAUUUAAUGAAUGCUGUGAUAAGGCAGAAUAUGCUAAAUCAAAGUUUCCAAUUGAAGAACGUAUUUUAGUAGAAUCACUUCUUUAUGAUCGAGCACUUGAAAUGAGUCGCCAAGCAGCCGUUAAUGAAUUGGUUGGAGAAGACUUACCUGGCUGUGAAAAAGCAUAUCAGUCCGCUAUUUACAUGUUGAAUAGUAUUCUCGAUGCUCCCCUAGAUUCCGGAGAACAGAUCGAUAAUGAAGAUAGAAAAGUUGUAAAUAGAUAUAUUAAGGAAAUUAACAAACGAUUAAGUUCCUUACGAAAGAAAUUGGCUAAUACAGAAAUCCCAGUAGUAACAGGUCAAAAUGGAAGUCCCGGAUAA